CAUGGCUGGAACUUCAUGUACAGUAGUAAGCUCAUGAGGUGCUAAAACUGUAAUGUUAUAUCAGUGUAUUAAGAAAAUAAAGAUUGAUUCACCUUUAAAGCAACGUGCAUUUGACCUACUGAAACUAUCUUUACAUUUACUCCUGUUAAAUGUUCGGCACUAAUACAAAACGCGUCGAGAGGGAUGUGUGGCUAACAUUAGCUCAAGAGUGCUAAUGAUAGGGACUUGCUAACUUGUGCUAACGCGUAAACACGCUGCCUCUACUAGCUUCACACACUCGCAUACACAGAAGUGAAUGAAACACAGCUUAGUGUGAGGACCUUUACUACGGGGGGCUCAAACUGCAGGGAUGAAGAGGUGGACCUGGCGAGAAGGGCAGCGACCCCACAGGAGACGAGGGGCUGGUCACCGCCGUGGUUGGUAUAGAGACAACCGGCAAAGAUCAACACAGGACGAACAGUGGUACGGGCACAGUGAUGCAGGGCUGUCUCAUAGAGCAUCUCAGGGGAGGCACGAUAACCAGUCUGCCUCUUCUUCUCCUUCUUCCUCAUCUUCAUCCUUAUCUUCGUCUUCCUCCUCCAAGACCAGCAGUGCUGCCCCAGAGCUGCCUGGUUUCUACUUUGACCCGGAGAAAAACCGUUACUUCCGUCUGUUGCCGGGACAUAACAACUGUAACCCCCUGACCAGAGAGCAGUUGCAAGAGAAAGAAAGGGAGAAACAGAGAAACAAGAUGCUCGCAGAGGAUGAAAAGCCAAGAAAAAAAGCACCAAGAACAGGACUGAACACUUCACUGCUGCUGCAAAAAAGGCACCUUGGUUUGUUACCUGAGAACUCCUAUUGUAGGUUGGUCCACGAGGUGAAGGUCAGUGGAAUGAGACGCCACAAACUAGAGAUCCAGAGCACAGACAACAGCAACCCCAACACUGACAACUUUAGACUUAUAGUGGGGGACUCGGCAUGUGAGCGAGUGUUUACAGUCAACGAUGUGUCUCACGGAGGCUGCAAGUACGGCAUCAUGAACUUCAGCAGCAGUAGCCGGGGCUCUCUGUCUGUGGAGAUGUGUGAUAACCUCUACUUCACGAACCGCAAGGUGAAUUCCAUCUGCUGGGCCUCAGUCAACUACCCAGACUCCCAUGUGUUGCUGUGUCUGGUCGGCGUGGCAGACACCCCUGGCUGCGUCAGUUUACUUCCUGCUUCCCUCUUCAGCAACUCCAAUCCAGACCAGCCUGGGAUGCUGUGUAGCUUUAAGAUAUCCACAGCCUGGUCUUGUGCUUGGUGUCUCAACCCACAGUUUGACAAGACCUUCAGCACUGGCCUAUCUCGUAGGGUAAUUGUAAAAGAUGCAGAGACGGGCCGAACACAGACGUACAGCGUGGGCAGCGAUGUCUUGGCUCAGCAGUUUGCCCUCAGGGUCCCCGUGCUGUUUAACGGUUGCAGAUCAGGGGAAAUCUUCAGCAUCGACCUGCGGCAGCGUGGCCGCAGGGAUCAAAGCUGGAAGGCCAGCCGCUUCCAUCAAGAGUCAGCCAUCACCUCCGUCCGCGUUCUCCAGGAUGAGAACUACCUGCUUGCUGCUGACAUGCUGGGCCAGAUCAAGCUGUGGGAUGUGAGGGUGACAAAGCCAGUGCAGGAGUACAAAGGACAUUAUAAUGAACAUGCCUACCUUCCUAUUCACGUCAAUGAACCUGAGGGGCUUUUGUUGGCAGUGGGUCAGGAUUGCUACACGAGGUUAUGGAGCCUGAAGGACGGCCACCUGCUGCGGACCAUCCCAUCACCCCACCCAACUGCAAACGACCUCAUCCCAAGUGUCGUCUUCUCCUCCAAGUUGGGCGGCUGCAGGGGGCUCCCCGGCCUGCUCAUGGCUGUCAAACACGACCUGUAUUACUUCCCGUACAACACUGACUACCAGGAAGGAGGAGAGCAGCAGACUGGAUUUUAUGAAAACACUGGUAAUGCUUCCACUCACACAUGAUUUAAAAACAAAAAAACAAGGACAAACACACAAAUGGUGUUAUAUUCAUAUACAAAACCUGUAGGUAUUGUAUAAUUGAAAGACCUGUGUGCAGUGAAUUUCCAUAAGGUUGGACUGAACUUUUGUUUUGGAAGAUGACCUCAUAAAAGUUACAUCUGUGUCUCAGGGGAAUGUUGUUUUUCAUAGACUUGUUUUUGCCAAAAGGAAAUAGAAGUGCUACAUACAUGAGUGCACACAAUUACUACUAGUUUACUGCAACCUUUUCAAAAUAAGUGUACUUACUUAAGACAUGAUUGAUUUUAAUUUGUAAUGUAAUUCAGGAUUUUUCUAAUUUGAAUUUGUGAUCAACACUGUGUUUAUACUGUAGAUUGACAACUUUUCCUAAUUGUUGUUUAAAAUAAUCAUUAAACACAGUGAUCUAUUGAAUUAUUUUAGUUCUCUAAAUGAUACACAAACACUCACAAAAUUAGUUUCUG